AUGGAUUACAAGACAGCUUUGUGUCCUCCUGCAGAUGAGAGUAUACGAAACGAGAAGCGCUUUGGCAUGGAUUAUGGUUUUGCAGACCCAGCAAUGAAAUCCAAACCUCACUUGUGCGGCAGGGCGCACACGAUGAUGAUGCAGAGGUAUCAUGAGCACGAGACAGAGGUGUUCGAGCCCAAAGGCAAAGGUGGUGCUCCCGCCAAAGGCGGGAAGGCUGAGCGACGGGGAGGAUUCGACGGGAAGGGCCGAGAUAGCGUCAAGGGUCGGGAACCCUUCCGGGAGCCUUUCCGAGAGACCUUCCGCGAGCCCUUUCGAGAGCCCUUCCGAGAGUCUUUCCGCGAACCCCUUCCAAAUGCCGGCAAGGGCAGAGGCCGACCCGAGCGGCCUGCAGAGAGAUCGGAGCCUGAGUCGAGGGAGCACCUCGAGGCUGCGAAGGGGCCUAGGAUCCAGUUGAACACGAACCUCGCAGACCAGGGCAUGCUGGCUAGCCUGGAACGGCAGAUCAACGAGGCAAAGGGGACGCGCAUGUUUUUGGAGUGGGGUGGGUGCAUGGCAACUUGA